AUGAAAGAAGCCAAGAAAGUUAAAAGGCUUUUAGUCCGACGGAACAAUCUUGUUGGUUCCGUAAAAUUGAUUAAAGAGUUCGAUGCAAAUUUUGUGUUCGAUCGAGAUUUUCCACAACUCAAAUUUCGACUCGAAAAAUUAGACAAAUUAUGGGAUGAAUUUAAUGAGGUACAGGCAGAAAUUGAGUGUGAUGAGGAAUUAGAAGAUGAAAUAUCAUCCGUACGUAUUGCAUUUGAGACGGAUUUCUUCCAACUUAAAGGAUCCUUAGCAGAAAAGUUUGACGCUGUUGUACCCGUUGUGAAUAGGGCGCCACCUUCACCCACCGCUCCACCUGCUCAAGCCACUCCCAUUCGUUUACCAGAAUUGAAAAUCCCCGAGUUCAAUGGAAGUUUCGAUGAAUGGAUGAAUUUUCAUGAUCUGUUCAUCACACUCAUCCACACCAACCCACACCUUUCAUCAGUGCAAAAGUUUCAGUAUCUGAAAGCUGUACUGAAAGGAGAAGCAUUACGUCUAGUUCAGUCUCUAACCGUAUCAGCGGUAAAUUAUACUAUCGCGUGGGAUACCUUGAGAAGACGUUACGACAACAAAAAUCUACAAAUCAAACAACAUUUUUCGGCCCUUUUGUCUACUCCUGCUAUCCGGAAAGAAUCGGCAGCUGCACUUUCGGAUCUGGCAGAUGAAUUUGAUAAGCAUGUUUGUGUACUGAACAAGCUGGAAAAUUCCGAUGAUCACUGGAAUUCCUUCCUUAUCGAGCUGCUAAGCAGUAAAUUGGACUCUGUUUCCCAAAAGGAAUGGGAAUCACAACUAGACAAUGAAGGUCGUCCAGCGUACAAUGACCUGAUUACCUUCAUUCAAAAACGCUCUCGUAUUUUGCAAUCACUAACGCUCUCCCAAUCUUCGCAACAUGUCGCUAAGCCCGAGUCGAAGCUGGAGCCUAAAGCUUGGCGUAAUAAAACCUCGAUAUAUCACUCUAGCAGUGAAAAUCUCUCAAAGUGUACUGUAUGUAAGCAAACGCAUCCGCUGACACAGUGCGACGAUUUCAAGAAGCUAUCUCCACAAAAACGGUUCGAUGUGGCCAAAAAACACGGCCUUUGCUUAAAUUGUCUACGGUCAUCGCAUAUGAUGAAAAACUGUACUGCUGGCUCAUGUCGUACGUGCAACAAACGUCAUCAUACACUGUUGCACUUAAACUCAACUCCUCAGAAGACAGACCAAACUGAGGAUAAAACGGCUUUAUCGAUGCAAAUGGUCCAAUGUGAUACAGCCCCACGAUCGGCAUCGGUCGUCGAACCGUCGUCGUCGGUUUCGUGCAUUGUCGAUCAAUGUCACGUGGUCCCUCGGGUUAGUGGAUCGGCCCCGUCGUCGUCGGAUGGGCAUAGUAGUCGUUCGUCGUCGUUCGUAUCGCCGUCGGGUUCGCAAAGUAUACCGUCAGGGUCGGCUCACAGCUCUUCACAGGCGACAAAUUGUCAAGCUGUCGUUCCUGUACAUUCACAUUUUUCGAAAAACAGUACGUCUGCUGUCUUCAUGCUGACCGCAUAUGUAAAAGUUAAGAACAUCGACGGUCAAUACAUUCAUGCUAGGGCUCUAUUGGAUUGGGCAUCCGAAGCCAACUUCGUAACCGAAUCUCUCGCACAAGCUCUCCGGUUAAAACGCGCACCAGCAAAUGUCGAUGUGUAUGGCAUCAGUCAGUCUGUAAAAAGGGUAAAACAGCAAAUACCCAUUGUUGUGUCAUCUCGUACUGGCCCGUACACUACCAGUAUGAACUUUUUGAUUCUACCAUCUUUAACGAGAAUACUACCAACUGUCGAUGUAGAUGUAUCAAAGUGGAUUAUCCCUCGCCACCUUCCUCUCGCUGAUCCAAAAUUUAACAUCGCCCAUGACGUUGACUUGAUAAUCGGUAUAAAAUCAUUCUUCGCCAUCCUAGAGGAAGACCAAAUCAAUCUUGGCAAUGGCUUGCCAGUACUUCGUAAAACUGUUUUUGGAUACGUCGUCGCAGGUGAGGCGUUUGAAACGAAUAAUACUAGUGUCGUCUGCAACGUUUCCACUAUUGACAACAUAGCGUCAAUAGUUCGCAAGUUUUGGGAGGUGGAGAGUUUCGAAAGCGGCAAAGCCCUUUCUCUCGAAGAGCAGUACUGCGAGUCACACUUUUCGAAGACCCACUUUAGAGCCCCUGACGGUCGGUACGUGGUUCGUUUGCCGAUUCGUGAAGAAAUGUUGCUUUCUUUGGGAGAAUCAUUCACGGUUGCGAAACGCAGAUUCAGUGGUAUUGAAAGGAAGCUUAGUAUGGACCCACAGCUCCAAUUAGAGUACACACGGUUUAUGGAAGAGUACCAAUUGUUGGGGCAUAUGACCGAAGCUGUGCCCGAUCACUCAAAACCCUAUUUCUACCUUCCUCACCAUGCAAUCCAGCGACCAGAGAGCACAACAACCAAAACACGUGUCGUUUUCGAUGGCUCAUGCCUAGGAUCCAACAGUCUGUCGCUAAAUGACCUGUGCUACAUUGGCCCUACUAUCCAACCUCCACUUUUGUCCACAUUGCUGAACUUCCGAUUGCCGAAAUAUGCAGUGACAGCCGACGUGGAGAAAAUGUAUCGGCAAGUCAUCGUUAAUGCCAUCGAUCGUCCUUUACAGCAGAUUAUCUGGCGGAACCAUCCAAAUGAGGAGCUGAAAACUUAUCGAUUGAACACCGUGACAUACGGCACAGCACCAGCGCCGUACCUGGCUACUCGAGUCUUGAACCAGUUGGCAGAAGAUGAAGCCAACAACUACCCGCUAGCAUCGCCGAAAGUGAAGCAAACCUUUUACGUCGACGAUCAUCUGUCGGGAGACGACGACGAACAACGAUUGAUCGAGACCAAUUGUCAACUUAUCGCUCUUCUUCGUUCGGGAGGAUUCAGUCUGCGAAAAUGGUGCAGCAACAGUGCAGACGUACUCACUCACAUUCCCGAAUCGUUACGGGACACUCGUACGGAGUUUGGAAUCGGUAUAAACGAUCCGAUUAAAACGCUUGGACUCCAGUAG